AUGACGAUAAACUAUAACAAAGAGAUAAUGACGUCACAUCCGUGGACGUUCUUCCUUUUGCUCUUCAAAUGGAAAGGUUCCAUAUGGAAGGCCGUCUACAUAGAGUCCAUUUUCUUUCUGAUCAUCUACGGUGCACUAUCGGUUGUUUACAAGACAGCAAUGGGCGAAUCCAGUCAGCGGUAAAUGACGUCUCGGGAAAUCACGUCCUACAGUAAUCUUUCAGAACAUUUGAAGCAUUAGUACGGUACUUUGACAAGCGGUUAUCCUACAUUCCGCUUGAAUUUGUGCUCGGAUUCUUCGUGACAACAGUCGUGAACAGAUGGACGAAGCUCUACCAGACGAUCGGAUUCAUAGACAAGUAAGGGCGCCGGGAGAGAAAUUAUGUUUACACUAACCUUUUCAGUGUUGGUUUAAUGGCGAACUUGUAUGUUAGAGGAGCCACCGAGAAAGCGCGGAUCUACCGGCGAAACAUCAUGCGGUACUGCGAACUCGUGCAGAUUCUCGUGUUUCGGGACAUAAGCAUGCGGACUCGACGACGAUUUCCAACGUUGGAAACUAUUGUAGCCGCUGGAUUCAUGAACAAGCAUGAACUGGAACUGUACAACAGCUACGAUACCACGUACAACAGCAAGUUGGGAACGAAGUAUUGGAUUCCGGCCAACUGGGCUCUCUGCAUGACCUACAAAGCACGGAAGGAUGGCUACAUUGAGAGCGACUACUUCAAGGCUCAGAUGGAAUCGGAGAUCCGAACGUGGCGGACGAACAUCGAAUGGGUGUGCAACUACGAUUGGGUGCCCCUCCCGCUCAUGUACCCUCAGCUCGUCUGCCUCGCCGUCAACUUGUACUUUCUGGUGUCCAUGAUUGCGAGACAACUUGUUAUUGAGAAGCACGAGAUCGUCGACGAAGUGGAUGUUUAUUUUCCUGUUAUGACCUUUCUUCAGUUUAUUUUCUACAUGGGCUGGUUGAAAGUAAUCGAUGUGAUGCUGAACCCAUUCGGAGAAGACGACGACGACUUCGAAACGAAUGCGCUCAUCGACCGAAACAUUGCGGUGAGAUUGAUCUGAGUGAACGAGCGACCAAUCGAAUCAGACCAUUCAGAUGGGCCUCAUGAUUGCCGACAACCCGAUGACGACGCCCGAUCUUCGCAAGGAUCCUUUCUUUGACAAGGUCGACCUGCCGCUGCUCUACUCGGAAGAGUCCUCGCACAUCCGCAACCACCACUAUCACGGAUCGGCAUCGGGAGUCCGUUUGGACCAUCAGAGCGACGCGCCCGUUGUCAUGAUGUCCCAUUCGCAGUCGGAGGCUAAUUUACGACGGAUCACGUCGUUCAAAUCGGUCGACGACGAGGAGAGAGUCAACGCGUUCUCGAUGUCUCACGACGACUCCAGGAUGAAAAAUUGGAGGGAAUUUAAUAUCGAUUCGAGCUUUUUGGCGAAUCUAAAUGAGACUGACGACUGGAAAAUACCGACAAAUCUGCAGAAGUUUUAA